AUAUGAAAGCUUUUACAGCCAGGAAGGGGAGUUUCCCCUCUAAGUGUCUAUUUUUAAACAGCGAGAUCAUCCUCUUCUGCAGUCUUAAAUGUCACACUUGUGCGUGUUCGUUGCCAAGAAUUAUUUUCAGCAGGAUUGUUUCAAGGCUUCAAAAGACAUGUGGGAUUACGAGAUCAAUUUGGUUUCUUCAACUUUGACAAAAGAAACCAUAAAUCAAAACUUGAGGCACAUGGAAUUCCCUUGGCCAAGUCCAGUUGUAUCCAGAGGAAACGAAAUAGAAAAAGAAAUUAAAGCUGGAAAAAAAUUUCCUUUUGACGAAGUAAUUCAUGCACAUGCGGGUGAUCCGCAAGGAAUGGGACAAAAACCAAUAACUUUUUUUCAGCAGACCGUGUCUUUAUGUAUCAAUCCUGCUCUCCUUCAAAGUGAUAACUUUCCGUCAGAUGUCAAACAGAGGGCAAUGACUAUCUUAAAAAACUGUAGAGGACAUAGCAUAGGUUCAUAUAGUGAUUGUAAAGGAAUGAGUGUAGUGCGAAAACAGAUUGCAAAAUUUAUUCAAGAAAGGGAUCAAGUUCCGUCUUCUUUCGAAGAUAUUUUCCUUUCAAGUGGGGCCACGGAGGCAUUGCGGGUGGUUAUGUAUUUAUUCAACAGCAGUUCAACUGAGAAACCGCCUGGAGUCAUGAUACCUAUUCCCCAAUAUCCAUUGUUUUCAUCUACCGUGUCAGAAUAUGGGAUGCAUCAGAUUAGUUAUUACCUAGACGAAGAAAAUCAGUGGGCCUUAGAUGUAACGGAGUUGCAGAGAGCUGUUAAAGCAUCCCGAUGUUACUGUGAACCUAAAGUUCUAGUUAUCAUUAAUCCUGGGAACCCAAGUGGAUUUGUGAUGUCUCGCAGCGACAUUGAGAAAAUUAUAAAGUUUGCUUACGAUGAAAAGCUUUUUAUUUUAGCGGACGAGGUAUACCAGUAUAACGUUUAUGAUCCUAGUCUGAAGUUUCAUUCAUUCAGAAAAGUUAUGACAGAAAUGGGACCACCUUACAGUCUGAUGGAACUUGCUUCAUUCAUGUCUGGGUCAAAAGGAUAUAUGGGAGAAUGUGGGGCAAGAAGUGGUUAUUGUGAAAUUGUAAAUCUCGACAAUGAUGUGAAACAAGCAUUGAUAAAGUUGUUAUCUGCACGGAUGUGUCCUUCUUUACUCGGUCAGCUUAUCAUGUACUGUAUUACAAAUCCACCUCAUCCUGAUGAACCAUCUUUUGAGCUCUUUGAAGAGGAAAAGACUCACGUUUUACAAUCCUUAAAAGAGAGAGCAGAGUACUGUUAUUCAAUGUUCAACAGUGUUGAAGGCUUAUCCUGUAACAAAGUGGUUGGUGCAAUGUACGUAUAUCCCAAGAUUCAUCUGUCACAGAAAGCUCUACAAGAAGCUCAGAGACGAAAACAAAAUCCUGAUGAAUUCUACGCCAUGGAACUACUACAUAGCGCUGGAAUAUGUGUUAUACCCGGAUGCCUGUUUGGUCAAAAGCCAGGCACAUACCACUUUAGAUUGACAUUCCUUCCACAAAUGGAUAAACUAAAGAUUAUUGUGGAGAGGAUAUUGAAAUUCCAUUUAAAAUUUGCAGAAGAAUACAAAGACUGAAACACGAAGAAAAUGAACAAAAUGCAAAAUGUAAUGCCUUCAAGAAAUUCGAGCAAAAAUAAAAAUAAACCAAUUUAAUAACAAACAAUUUUUAUAUAUAUUUGUUAAAAUUUGUUGUAAAGUUGAUCCUUAAAAAUAAAGGUGCUUAU